CGCCUCCAGCGGGAUGUUUGUAUGAAGAUGCUGUAGAAAACAUGUUUUAGAAGGAUUUAACUGGUAUUUUCAACAAUCGGAUUUAUUUGGGAUCAUUUAUAGAACUAUUUAUGUAAUAAAAAUGUCCUGGGUUCAAUCACUUCCGCGUACUGAUGAUGUUUUUGAUGACGAUAUGGAUGAACUCAGUGUUCAGAACAGAGAAUGGAGAUGGAAUAUGGAAAAGAGAACAAAGCGUGUACGUGUUCUUUGAACGCAUCAUAAAAAGUUUCAGGGAUGGGAGCGACGCGGGCAAAGAGGCUUCACUUCAGAUCGGCUUUAACUUGGGCUACAGAGAAGGAGCUGGUAAAAUGAAGGCCAUCGGUCAGCUCAAAGGAAUCGCUAGUGCCUUGCAGCAUUGGUGUCAGUCUCAACCAUCCAUGAGCCCAGUGCUCAUCACACAGCUGCUCCAGAGGGUAGAAAAGUAUGAAGAGGACCUCUUUGAGGCCAUGAGGAAAGCUCAGGAGCUGCCUCCUCCCAGUGUUAAAGAUGUAGUGGAAGAAAUGGAAGACCUGGGUGUAGAGCACAGCGGUGGUGAUAACAAUGGCGAAUGUUGCAAAAACGAUGGACGCAGAGAGUGCUGUGGGCAGGACAAGGACACAAGUCUGAGUUCAUUUAAAAUUUCUACAGAGAGUGGGGAGACUCUAGAACAGUUACUUCACACAUGUAUGGAGCUAGCGAGUGAAAUGGGACUACCUGACGAUCUAAAGCUCCAUAUCCAGCAGCUCAGAUGUACAUGAAUGUGAUUAAAGGCUUUCACAAGCCAGCAAUGAAUCAUUAUGUUAAAAAAUUAAAACCACACAAUUUUAAAGGUUAUAUUGGGAAGCCGUUCCACUAUAAUACAAGUCAUCUUUUGUAUGUAGUACUUUUGCUACGUAAGAUGAUAUGUUCGGAGUUGGUACCACAAUAUCAUCUAACUGAAUGUAAUAAAGAACUUGGACCCUUGAGGUUCGUAGUUUGUAAUUUCUAUUUCGUUGCUUUGCAUAAUUUAUAAAAGGAGAGUAGUAAUUGAGCAUAAAUCUGGGUUUUUCCUUAAUUAAAUUAUUCUGUUAUGUUAACAAACAAUGGAGAUUUUUGCCACGUGGUUGCCCAUAACUCCCAGUUAUCCUACAGUGGUAGAUUAGUGUUUAAGGUACUGGACUAGUAAUCUCAAGGUUGCAGGUUCAGGCUCCACCACUACCAGGUAGCCACUUGUUGGGCCUCAAAGCAAGGCACUUAACUCUCAAUUGCUCAAAAAUGGUGAUUACUCAUAAUAGUAUGUCGUUUUGGAUAAAAGCAUCUACUAAAUGCCAAAAAUGUAAAGGCCGAAAAUUAAAAUGGCUAUAAACCCUGCCUGAAAGUACUUAAAAAUAAGUCUGUAAACUCCCUAAAGCACAUUUUAAUUAACUGUAAAAUAAUUAAAGUCUACAUAUUAGGUUGUACUUUGCUAAUAUAAUUUAAUAAGCAUGAUUCCUAAAUAAAACCUUGUGCUUGAUGGCUUUUCUUCUCCAGUUGUGGUAGGUGGCUCGGUGGGUAGCACUGUCGCCUCACAGCAAGAAAAUCUUGGGUUUAAUACCCAGGUGGAGCCUGGAGGUCCGGUUUCCUCUCGGUCCAAAGACAAUUUUGGUUAACUGGAGAUACAGAAUUACCCAUGACGGCAUUUAACAGUGAACUUGAAGUGAUGAAUCAUGUGUUACCUGUAACUACCUGUCAUGAAUGUAAUCAAAGUGACAUUAAAAUCCUAAUAAACAAUCA